GCCUGAGCUCCCUGCAGCCGCUUUAUAAAGCGCUAAAAUUACACCACAACGACGUGGUUUCCUGACUGCCUCACAAUUGGCCGAGCGCGCCCGGGGUAGGGGACUUAUAAAAGGAGCCUCCUACUCGCACUACACAGAGAACACUUGUUGCGGAUCAAGCGGGAAGAGGCGCACGGAUUUUGUGAGCGGGUUGUGUUGUUAUCACACAAAAACAAAGCAUGGCUCUAUCAGGAGUGAUGCUGCCUUCCUUCUCCACCUUCACCACCCCGAGGGAGAAGCCAUGGGAACACAGGUGGAAAGCAGAAAGUGACAAGCCCCACUCCGGUGUCUGCUCCAUACUAGAAACUGUGCACGGUGUGGAGAACCUGUGCCCCAAAAAGGACGACGAGGACCUGAGCAACUACUUGGAUCUGGAUUUUAUUCUGGCCAACAGCACCGCCUACGUGGCUCCGUCAGAACCGGGGGUGUACAGCGAGGAGCCCGCCUUCCCUCCCGCGUCCGGCGAGCACCGGUCCCCGCCACCUCCGUACGGUGCCAGCCUCAUGACCGAGUUGCUGCGGUCUGAGCCCGGAGGUGGCGGCUACGGCGCGACGCGCAGCCCCCCGGCUGUGCAGGGCAGGUUUUACGUCAACACCACGCCUUUCCCGCGCCAGGACAUCAAGGUGGAGCCCCCCAUGGAGAGCUACGGCCCCGUGUUGGGCAUGGUGCCACAGAGCUGCAGCAAAAUCAAGCAGGAGGGGAACGUUUCGUGCAUGAUGUCCUUCGAGCAGCCCCGAGUGGCCAUCUCCCCCUUGACGCCCCCACUCAGCCCGGACGAGCAGGCUGCCUCGGACAUGUGCCCGCCGAUGAGCUGCUUCGCCGGCCACAACAAGUACCACAACCCGGCCUCGUUCCAGCACGCACCUCACCACAUGCACAUGCCCUACCACGGUGGGCACCAUCCGGCGUUCGGCGUCUACGACGAAACCCUCAGCCUGCAGCCCGGCGCUCAGAGGGUGAUGCUCACACCACCGUCCUCCCCACUGGAGCUGCUGGAGUCCAAGCCCAAGCGGGGGAGACGCACCUGGCCGAGGAAGCGCACGGCUACGCACACCUGCACCUUCGCCGGCUGCGGGAAAACGUACACCAAGAGUUCGCAUCUGAAAGCGCACCUGCGGACGCACACGGGUGAGAAGCCAUAUCACUGCAGCUGGGAAGGCUGCGGCUGGAAGUUCGCCCGUUCGGACGAGCUGACACGUCACUUCCGCAAACACACCGGACACAGGCCCUUCCAGUGUCACCUGUGCGAGCGUGCCUUCUCCAGGUCUGACCACCUCGCACUGCACAUGAAGAGACACAUGUGAAGGACAGACUUAAGGGCUUGGGUGCUUCUUGUUGUGAUGUUUUUUUAAUUUAAAAUGUUCUCCACAUGACCAAAGUCUUUUUAUAUAUAUAUAUAUAUGAAUAUAAUAUUAAGAAUGUUAUCCAAUAAUGUAGCUGGUACUACUUUGGUUGAGAAAAGAUGCUCUCCAGGAGAAAAGGGGCUGGCCCUGUACAGUUUCAUCUCAGUACAUUAGAAUAUCUUGGAAAAAGUUCAUUUAUUUAGUUCAAUUGAAAAAGUGAAACUAUUAUAUUCUAUAAUACAGAGAUCAAGAAUGUAUUUCUUAAUAUUUUUGCUGAUUACAGCUAAUAAAAAAAUCAGUAUGUCAUAAAAUGUGAAAAACGGUCCAAAACUCCUGAAACCAAUGAACUUUUGUGUCAUAUUCUAAGGUAUUGAGCUGUAUUCUACAUUCUACUCUGCAUUGACACAACUGGAAUGCUGUGUGUGAUACACAAGUGCCUUUCUAUGACUCUGCUACUGUUCACGGUGACACACACACCACUUUAGUAGACAAUCUUGUCGCCAGGAAGUGCAAAAGACAAUGUUUUUUCCCAAAGAAAACUGCCUCAAUGAAUGAACUGAAUGGCUUUAUUAUUAUUAUUAUUAUUGUUGUUUGGUGAUUCCAGCCCCCUUGUGUACACUAUCAGGGCUUGACGUCCUGUGCAUUAUUUUGUACUUAAAUUUAUAUAAAUAUGUACAUGGAUUUUAUACUGCCAAAUAUGUAUUUAAUGUAAAUAUUAAAAGC